GGUACGUCUUCAGUGGGGGACGACUAUAAGCGUUCGAAAAUUCGCUCUGGCCAUCUCCAAUUUCAGAGCGCAGAAUAGCUGAUGAAUUUACGAACGCUCAACACCGGUUGAAUAGGGCUGGUGUCAGCAAACAACGGCAAAAAAAAGCUUAAUUCAAUUGUUGCCAGCAGCACAGCUAUAGUCACCAACGCUCUGGAUAACAUGAAAAACGCAUAACCAGCUCUGCUAGAGCAAGUAAAAUGGCCAGAGUGCGGUGUUAUCUAUUUAUCCAGUUAAUUUGGGUGCCGUUGAGGUCAGAAGGCUCGGAUCAACCCUACUCCUCGGCCAGAGCCUCCAGCAUGCGCUCCGACAGCGAAAAGCUCUGAAUUUACUAAAGGGCAAUAUGACAGUUAAAUAAUAUACAAAAAUUCUGAUUUUACAUACGCCCUCCAGAGUGCAAUACGAACGCACCCAAUAAUGGACACUGCUGGCCUGCAGUGCAAACCGAUAGGCUAUUUAAUUUCAGAAUUGGUUACAAUUAGGUUAAGGGUUAGAUUUAGAUUUUAUUGGCUCAUUGUUUUCAGGUCAGUAGGUACCCACACUUUUCUGCGAGUGUCUCUUAAAAUCCUCAUCAAUCAGCAGACAAUCUUUCGACAUGAUUACCUGAUUGGUCAAUCUACACCCACGCCAAGGAAGUGCAAACAGAGUUCUUCCGGUCACUGUGUUUGGUUUGAAUCGAAGAAGAAUGUCAGUAAGGAGGAUAUUAGAGGCAUUUUAGUCAACAAGAUGAAGAUCAAACAACGUUCAAAAACUACGCCACUGCACAAAAAAACCAUGGGGACUAAACGCCAUGGAAACCUGGGUAUAACACAAACAGAACGUGACCCACAGUCAGGUGAUGACUCCACCGGCAGAGAUGAAUCAGAUUGUACCCAAGCACUCUCAAAGAGCACCAGUUCAAAUCAUCAUUCAGAUUCUAGUCCACUCCACAAGGAUCCUGUGGUAGUGCUAACCAGGUUGGCUGAGGUGGUGGUUAAGACACUUCUGAGAGACAUUAAAGUUUGUUUGGUGAAGGAGGUGACGGAUGUCAGGAGGGAUGAAGACAACCAUGGAGGCAGGACAUGCUGUUUAACAUACUCCAGUCUACUCCCAACAGUGCAGUUUAAAUGGGUGAUGGUUCUCCUCAGUUCUUUCCUUGUCCACACUGCACCAUCUCCUUUACUGACUGUUACUUCCUGGAGAACCACAUCAAGACCAAACACCAGAAGCAGUACCUGGCCAUGUUGAGAAGCCAAGUCUCAAAGAGUAAAAGAGUGUAUGGCCCCACACACAGCUGUCCUCACUGUAGCUGCAUGUUCCAUACACCACGACAGCAAGAGAUUCAUAACCGCCAGGCCCACCCCUCUGCCCGUCCCCAGAAACCUGCCCCUCCCCGGAGAACUGGCCGUCCCCGCGGGGUACAGGAGAAAUUCCACACCUGCCCACAGUGCUCCCGCAGAUUCAAGUACCUGGGCAGCCUGCUGAAGCACUGCAAGAGUUUGCACAAAAUGGCCGUUGUUCUCACCAAUGGACACAUCAGUUGCGCAGACUGUGAGAAGAGCUUUGAGAAUUGCUGGGGCCUCGGGCCUCACCGGUGUCACGAACCAGAGGGCAAUAAACCUAAGGACGCUAAACAGAUGGUCAUUAAGGAAGUCGGCUUCCAAUGCUUAGAUUGUGGCAAGAUCCUCACUACUCCUACGAGCCUGAACACUCACAUGCGCAUCCACACUGGAGAAAAGCCUUAUGUCUGCAAGGAGUGUGGCAAGCGCUUCUCAGGUACAGGCGCUUACCGUUAUCACUUGUUAAUACACAAUGGGGCUAAGCCAUUCAAAUGUCAGGACUGUGGGAAGGCUUUCAAGCAGAAGUACCUCCUCAGGAAGCACAUGACUGUUCACUCUGGUGAGAGGAAGUACUCCUGCUCCCAAUGUGACAGGCAGUUUGCAUACAGGGAGAGUCUGAAGCUUCACCUGCGCACACACUCCGGGGCGAGACCUUUCAAAUGUACUGUCUGUGGUAAAGACUUUGCUGACAAAGGUUAUCUGAAGAUGCAUCUGAAGAUUCACAACAACCAGAAAAACUACCAUUGUGGGGUUUGUGGGCAGAAAUUCAUAAGGAUUGGGGUGCUGAACGUACACCUGCGCUCACACACAGGUGAGAGGCCUUACCACUGCACAGUGUGUGACAAGCAGUUUGCCCGACUCGACCACCUGAAGAACCACCAGCGCACUCACACAGGUGAGAAACCAUACACCUGUACCGAGUGCAGUAAAAGCUUCACUCAGUCUGGAGAUCUAACUAAACACAGGCGCCUCCACACUGGGGAGAGGCCAUUUGAAUGUUCUGAAUGCCACAAACGCUUUAUCUGCUCUGCUUCUCUGACCCUGCACAUGAGGACCCACACUCACCGUGAAGUAAAGCCAUACUCCUGCCAAGAGUGUGGGAAAAGCUUUUAUGAACAGAGUCAUGUGAACGGCCACAUGAAAAUCCACAAUGGGAAACGUUAUUCCUGCCCCCACUGCUUUCUCAGCUUUGCUCGCAAGUCCAACCUCUCCAAACACCUGCUUAGACGUCAUAAACCUAAAUGAUAAUGAUGUAUAUUAACAUAGCACAUUUUAUGAAACUCUGUUACUCUUAUGAAUUAAAUGGAGGGGAGUCUGAUCUCUUUUGUCUGUGAUCGAUGUGUGACAUCAAAUUCUAACUCAAUUUUGCCCCAUGUUUGAUAACGCUGCAAUGUUUUAACAAUCCUCCAGUUGGGUCACAGUGAGCUCCAUGUAUUGGGACAGUGACAUGUUCUCUUUCUCCUGCAGCACUUUGGAUUUGAAAUUAUACAACGACUGAGGUUAAAGUGCCGGCUUUAAUUUGAGGGUAUUUUCAUCCAUAUCGGGUGAACCGCUCAGAAAGAACAGGUUUUUUUGUACAUAUUCCCCCCCAUUUUUAAGGGAAUGGUUACAUUAUUUGGUCCCAUAUGCCCAGCAUGCAAUGCUUACAUUAAGCUUGACUGGAUGCGUUUGCUGUUUGUUUUGGUUGUGUGUCAGGGUAUUUUGUGCUCAAUAGAAAUUCAUGGUAAAUAAUGUAUUGUCACUUUUAUUAUAAAUUAGAAUAGUGUGGUCUUCUAUAUUAGUGGCUACCAUGAUUACGGAUAAAACUGAAUGAAUUGUGAUUAAUGAGUGAAAGUUAGAGGCAUAAAUAUCAUACCCCUUCAAAAUGCUAACCUCCCCUGUUAUUGUAAUGGUAAGAUGUUAGCAUGUCUUGAGGGCAUGAUACUUGUGUGUCUGUACUCUAGCUUUCUCACUCAUUAUUCAGGACUAUCCCUAAUCAUUGUAGCAUCCAACAAGUUUGUAGAGUAACAACCUUGUUGUAAUCAAUAUGUGCUAGGACAAUGGGACCAAAUACUAUACUUUUGACUACUUUUACCACACAAGGAAUUUGUACCAACUUUUCAAGUCCUCCCCCCCCAAUUUUAGGGGAUUAUGUUCAAGUAGUGUAAUUUCUAAACUGUUCAUAUGGAUAAAAAUACUAAUUAAAGCUGGUCUACACUUUAACCUAAUAAUCAUUGUAUCAUUUCAAAUACAACGUCUGGAGGUACAGAGCCAAAAGAACUAAACAUAAUUCACUGUCCCAAUACUUUUGGAGCUCUUUUGUUAAUAUUAUUGCUCUUUUGUUUUAUGGAUGUUUGUGUUUAACCAGUUCAAUGUAAGCUACAUAAUCCCCAAAAGUAGUUAUCAUGAGGUCCAUAAAUGAUAACUAGUAAUGUUUCAUACUCAAAUGUUUUUAAAAAUCUCACUUCCGGUAAAAAAAUAGGUAUAGAUUGUUGAGGUCACUUGAGGAUACUAGCUCAAGUACACACAGUACAAAUGAUACAAUUCUAUUUGACAAAAUUGUAUGAAUAGGGCUUUGAAGUGUUUAUUCUUUCUAAAUAUUGCUUAAAUUAUAAAAUGACACUAAGAUAUCAUCUUCCUUAACUUUAAAUUACAUAUUUGUUUAGUGUUAGAGAAUUCAUAUUUUCUGGAUGUUUCUCUUGUUCAUAAUGUCUGACCCCCAUCGCUGUUAACAUCUCAGAGCUCUAGCUUGACUAUAUUAACUUUUUAGGAACACUCCUUUCAUCCUUAAUCUAUCUCUAAAUGUGCUACUGUAAUGAAACCACUCUCCUGCUGUGCUAUGAUGUAAGGAUUGCAGGCAUGUGCUUUGUCAGUAGCUGUGAUAUAGGGUUCAGCCAGGAUUUGGACAGUUGGAAGAGUGAUUGAAAUGGUAGAAGGGACAUCCCAGCUUCAAGUGGUGUUAGAUUUCACAUCCUACAUCACGCAGGGUUGGAACCGGUACCAGAACCACACAGGUCCCCCAAACAAGGGACAUUAUGUCUAAGAGGUUAUAAACACACACAAAAAAAAUGUUUUAUUUGCUCUGUAUAAAAAUUAAGAACGUAUGUACAGAAGAUGGUUUCAUGAAUGAUUGACCUGGUGAUCAGUAGGCGAUAAUAAAUUCUGAAAGAUUA